UCUUGUUGGCUGUCAAGACUCUUGUGUCUAUUGUUUUACGACACUCGAUCGUAUAGUGUUCCCAGGUUUUAGUUGAUUGCAAUUAUUGACUUUUGACUCCGCCAAUUCAUUCCUACAAGAGAUAUAGACAAUUCAAUGGAUCUUCGUUAAUUCUGAAUGGAUACCGUGGAAUACAAUCGUCACAACGAGAGAACAGUUUCAUAGAAUCAAUUUUGAUAAGGCUCAUUAAGUCGACAGACAAUGCUUCCAUACUUUCAUCCCCCAAUUGCAACCUGGGAAACCAGGUGGCAGGAGAGUUUUUGUUUGAUAUCAAUAACAGCACUUAUACGCAGGAGCGCCUAGGGGAAAUUGAAAUCGAGAAUUAAGCAGGUUUUUUCCCAUUUCUUGUAAACUAUACUUCUUGUUACCUAGAUAGUCUUGUGCAGGACAGAGAUUGGUUUAUCAAAAAUGCCCUCAACGGGAUGACCUGCUUUCUUUCAGAUGCAAAGACGGUGAUGUGGAUGUCAAAACGAGGAUAAUCCGUUUUUUCCUUCAUCUGUUUAAAACUGAUAAAAAUAACGGAGGUUCAUCAAGUUUUGUCACAUAAUUAUCAUGUGUCAAUGCAGGCCGAGAUACGCGGUUUUCGGCCCAUGACAAGAUCUAAUGUGGAUAUAUCAACAAAGUUGAAAUGUUUGUCAUCCAUCUCAGCGCUUUGGCUUUGGCCGAUGGAGGAUGUAGCACUAAUUGUUCAGAGUACUUUUUGACCCAAGAGAAUAGGAGACUUAUGGGAUUUGUAAUGCAACGUUUUGAGUCUCAAAGUUUGUUAUCAUGCAGUUUGUCAUGCUUGCAGCAAUCAUGGUGUACCUCUAUAAACUUCAAGUUGAUUUCAUUGGAUGGCAAGGGGAUCUGUGAGUUGAAUAAAUCGGAUUUUGAUAGUGACACAGGGAGCAAACUUUAUGCUGUGCCAGGAAUCACUUUCUCAAAGCUCUUAAAGGACUCGGCUGACAAAGGAGCUACUGGUAAACCAACGAGACCGAAAGAAAAUAUUACUCUUCGUUUCCAAUGCGAAGGUCUCAUGGAUUUGUUUGCUGAUGGCUUACCCAUUGGUAGGCACAACAAUGCUGAUCCAAGAAGCCCCACAAAAUUUGUCAUUUCAGGAAAUACACGUGUUCUUUCAGUGAUUUCUAGGUCACAAAUAAGACGUGGCGGGAUUCUCGGCUCUCUUAGCAACGGACUGAUAACAAAUUCAAGCUGGAAAUGCAUGGACGAUCCGUAUCCGGGAUGCAAAUGGAUGACACCGGAUUUUGACGACCGAAUGUGGCCAGCAGCCAAGGAGAUAGUAUUUCACCGGCCACGUCCUACUAAAGUUCCUGGUAUAGCCCAGGGUGCCAAGUGGAUAUGGAUAGCAAAAGGACCCGGACCUGUUCAAGCGCACCCACCACGGCAUGUUACCGUCUACUGCAGACUGAAAAUGCCAUAAACUAUCGUAACGGUUAAUAGUAUUGUGGGUAAUACAUAUUUUUUUCUGAGUCAAAUUUCGAUUUGAACCAAGAGUUGCCUUAUUUGGUUGGUAGCGCUCCUCUGUUUAGAAACUGAAACAUUUUCUUCUGUCUUUUUACCUCUUAGAGUGACAAGCAUCUGAUCCAUAAUUUAUUCAAAGAGUAUCACCCCUAAAUCAAACAUUAAGAUCAUGAAAAUAGCGGGAGAUUAUCGCAAACCCAAGAAGCUCUUGAUUGUUAGACACAUUAUAUUUGCAAGUACGAUAGGAAAUAUAGGUAACAUUUUGGAGAACUAGCAUCAAUCAUGAAAAUAGCAGGAGAUUAUCGCAAACCCGAGAAGCUCUUGAUUGUUAGACACAUUAUAUUUGCAAGUACGAUAGGAAAUAUAGGUAACAUUUUGGAGAACUAGCAUCAAUCAUGAAAAUAGCAGUAAUAGCAAUAGUUAGACACAUUAUAUUUGCAAGUACCAUAGGAAAUAUAUAGAUAACAUUCUGGGCUGGGUUGUUCAAAGAUGGAUUAAGAUAACCC